ACGAGAAACGAGGUUACCGUUGAUAAUAAAAUCAACACUUCAGGGUUAUUGGAAACACACUUCCGGUUAAACCAAAACCAAAUACUUUUGUUGUUGUUGACGAAUUAUUUUCAAUCAGUUGACAGACCAUCACAGAUGUUUUCAGAUGAACAAUCUGUUGCUCAAGAUCUGUAUCAUACAGAUAUGUCAUCAUCUACGAUGGGAAAUUCACAAAUGACAGCAUCCAUAAUAGUGCAGCCUUCACAAUUAUCUGCCACCAAAAUGGAACAGUUAUCUGUUUCAGAUAUGGGAGAUUCACACGAUAAUCCUGGUACCCUGUACAUAGGAGAACAAAUGAUGGGACAGCAAAUAUCACCAACACCACAGGUUUCUACAACAGUAGAUCUCCAUUCUUCAGACUCUGGACAGAGCUCACAGUUCCAAGAGCCUAUAGCCCCAUGUCUGGUGUGUGGAGAUAAAGGAUCAGGAUACCACUACUCUGUAUUCUCCUGUGAAGGUUGUAAAGGCUUUUUCAAGAGAACCGUUCAAAAGUUUUUGUCAUACACAUGUAAAGGAUCAGGGAAUUGUAAUGUGAGCAAGUUCACACGUAACAACUGUCAAGCUUGCCGAUUUCAGAAAUGUUUGGAGGCUGGUAUGAAGAAAGAAGCUGUUCGUGAUGACAGAUCCCCUGGUGGUAAGAACAGGAACAAGAGACAACGAUUAGAAGAUAUUCCAGGUUUGAUUAAUCCAGAUGGUACCAUUAACAUUAUACCAGAGAGUAUAGAACCAGAAGAAGAUAACCUAAUUGUAGGACUGGUACAAGCUAAACCUGAUCUAACCCCUAAAUUUGAAAGUGGUAACUUGGAUUCUGAAUAUAUUGACAUCAAUCAGAUAAUGCAGCAUGGUUAUGCAGAGUUAAAGUUUAUCAUUGACUGGGCCAAGAAAGUUCCAGGUUUUAAAGCACUAUGUAUUGAUGAUCAAAUGUCAUUGUUAAAAGCAGCCUUCAUGGAGCUUAAUGUAUUGAGACUGUCAUACAGGUCAAUGGAGACGUCAAACUGUAUAAAGUUUGCAGAGGGUUUGAUAGUUCCUACAGAAUUAGCCCAGGGUGUUGGUUUUGGCAAGGAAUUGGUGAAUGCCACAACAGAAUUUGCAUCUCGUUUAAAAGAAAUAGAUAUUGACUUAACAGAAUUUUGUUGUUUGAAUGCAAUUGUUCUUACAUAUCCAGAUGCUGCAGGGCUUAAAGAUAAGCCAAAGAUUCUUGCAAUGCAAGGUAAAAUCUUGGAAUCAUUGCGACGCUACACUGCAACUCAGUAUCCAAAUGAUCCACGUCGUUACAGUAAAAUAUUGUUACGUUUACCAUCUUUGAGGAGUGUGAGUGCUAAGGCUGCAGAGAGGUUUCUGUCCCUCUCCCUUGAUGGAUCCUUACAACUCAACAGCUUGGUACUUGAUAUGAUCACAUGAUACCCUGAUGUCACAUGAUCAGCGUUAUGACUGUAAAAUGAAACACACUUUCUAUGAGAAGUGUGUUGCUCAAAUGUCUGUGAUUUCAUUUGUAAAUUCAAAUUCUAAUUUGAUGUAUAUUUUGUAUUUUAUUGUCAGACUUGGAAUAACAAUCCUGUUAAUUAAAGGCUUUCUCAAGCAUAUAUGUUCAGAUAUGGGACUGUUCAUGGAUUGUCCAUUAGACUCGUUGAUUGGAUAUUGUGAAGAUUUACAUUUACAAAUAAAAUCUUGAAGUAUGACAAUUUUAUAACUGAAGUUUGAGAUAACAAAUCUUUUUUAUCAUAGUGAUUAGAAUGAAUUAUUACAAGAAUUAACUGGAAAUUCGGGAAUAUCAGGUUUUAAUCACACAUUUUUUCACUCAAAAUUUUAUCUGACAGGAUAAUUACUUAUUGUUUGAUAUGCUUGUUUUUAUUUGUAAAAUUAAGGUUUUUGUUGUUAUCAGACUCUCUAUGAAUAUGUUUAACAGAAUUUGAAUUUGUACAAACAGUAGUCACCUUCUUUUCAAGUCUCAAAUUAUAUGGAGUUUAUUAUGUUACUUAUAGAGUUGACUCCUUGUAAACAAUGGAAUAAAAGAAUAUGAUUGAAGGACAUACAUUGUGCAUGCUCCACACUUAAAAAAAUGAACUGUUUUCUCAGCUAUAUACCGUGUGAUAAAAUGUGAUUUCAAACAAUGCAAUGAUAUAUCUGUCUCCAUAAAGUAUUCACGAUAGACAACAAUGUUUGGACAAAGUUUACAUUUUAAUCCAACAGAGGAAAAAAAGUAUUUAUAACCUCUGUGAUUGAUGAAUGGGUUAGUUAAUACUUUGAGAAAGGCUACUAUUUAUGACAUGUUCUCCUUACAACAUGUAUGAAAUUAUUUUUUUGUCCAUAGGCCGUUUAUAAAAUAAUUUCCAUAUAUAUCUAUCAUCAUGUUCAAUGUUCAAAUAGAAUUGAGAUUUUAGAUAAAUAACAUGACAUUUAAUUAUUAGGUUUUUUUUAAUGAAAAAAGACAAUCAAGUAAAUGCAGUGAAGGAUUUUAUCAUGUUCAUUAUGUUAUAGCUUUGUAGUUGAAAAGUUUCAGACUGAAGUGUUUUAUUUGAUAUUUGUAAAAGAGGUAUCAAAAUCAAAAACUAGCAUUUAAAAUUGAGAAAUUUAAACACAGUUGAUACAGACAACUUCACAGUUCAGCAUAAAUUCCAUUUUAUUUAAUUCUUAUAUUAUUGCUAUCAUCAGUUGACUGUUAUAAUCACAUAAUUGGAGAUAUAUAUGUUUUGUGGUUAUGCUUGUAUUGUAAUUGUUUAAAGAGAAACAAAAUUCUGUUAUAAUCUGCGUAAUAAAAAGAUAAAACAUCAA